CUGAAACUAGACCUGGGAAGGAAAAGACGACGACAAUCACAUACGAAAAGGUUUAUUGGAGAGAGGAACAAGAAAGAAUUCCAUUCCAUUCCCCAGCGGAGCGCCGACGCCGAGCGCUUGUUGUUCCCCUCCAUCCCAACAAGUUCGCAACGCCACCACCCCUUCCUUCCAUUCCCUUCCCUUCCCUUCCCUCGAGGGAUUGAGGGAAGCGCCGAAACCAACAAGGAAACCCCAAGAAAAGCAGAGUCCGGCGAACACAACUUCGCUUCCUCCUCUUCAAUGCUCUCCCCGUCCCGCGCCACCCCGCCAUCUAGAUGGACUCUGCCCUCCUCCUCCUCCUCCUCCUCGCGGCUGUGCUCGUCGCCGGAGCGGGCGCGGCGACGCACCCGGCCGACCUGGCCGUGCUCCAGGACAUCCGCAAGUCGCUGACCAACGCCGACCUGCUCGGCUGGCCCGAUGGCGGCGACGCCUGCGGGCCCCCCGCCUGGCCGCACGUCUCCUGCGACCACGCCGGCCGCGUCGACAACCUCGACCUCAAGAACGUCGGGCUCGCCGGCCGCCUGCCCGCCUCCAUCUCCUCCCUCGCCGCGCUGAACGGCCUCAGCCUCCAGGGCAACCGCCUCUCCGGCCCGCUCCCCUCCUUCCGCGGCAUGGCCAGCCUCGAGCACGUCUUCCUCAACGACAACGCCUUCGACUCCAUCCCCGCCGACUUCUUCGCCGGCCUCACCGGCCUCCUGGACAUCUCCCUCGGCAACAACCCGCUCAUCAACGCCUCCUCCGGGGGCUGGACGCUGCCCGACGACCUCGCCUCCUCCGCGCAGCAGCUGCAGAUCCUCUCGCUCGACAACUGCAGCCUCGCCGGCGCCAUACCGGAUUUCCUAGGCGCCAUGAACAGCCUCCAGAACCUCACGCUCUCCUACAACAACCUCACCGGCCCCAUCCCCGCCACCUUCAACGGCUCCGGCAUCCAGAGGCUGUGGCUCAACAACCAGCUCGGGGAAAGGAAGCUCUCCGGUACGCUCGAUGUCAUCGCCACCAUGAACAACCUCCAGGAGCUCUGGCUGCACGGCAACGAGUUCUCCGGCCCCAUCCCUGACGGCAUUGGCGCCUGCAAGGACCUGUACAGCCUCCUGCUCAACAACAACCAGCUCGUCGGCCUCGUGCCGCCGAGCCUCUCCACCCUGCCCCAGCUCCGCAAGGUGGUGCUCGACAACAACAAUCUCUUGGGCCCCGUCCCGGCGCUCAAGGCGGUCAACAACUUCACCUUCUCCGCGAACGAGUUCUGCGCGGCCAAACCCGGGGACACGUGCGCGCCGGAGGUGAUGGCGUUGCUCCAAUUCCUCGCUGAGGUGCAGUACCCCACGAGGCUGGUCGAUUCUUGGUCUGGGAAUGACCCCUGCGCGAGUUGGCUGGGCGUUACCUGCGUCCAAGGGAAAGUCACGGUGCUCAAUUUGCCGGGGUAUGGCCUCAAUGGCACAAUCAGCAAGAGUCUCGGUAAUGUGACCACGCUCUCAGACGUCAGGCUCGGCGGGAACCAUCUUACCGGCCGGGUGCCGGAUAGCCUGACGAAGCUCGAGUCGCUCCAGAAGCUAGACUUGUCCAUGAAUGACUUGUCUGGGCCUCUGCCCACCUUCAGCCCGAGCGUGAAGGUGAACGUGACUGGAAAUCUCAACUUCGAUGCCACAGCGCCGCCACCAUACAAUGCCCCUCGGUCGCCAACGACGCAUAGUGCGCCAGGCUCACCGGCCCACGAUGACAGUCCAGGGAAUGGGAAGAAGAACUCAGUCGUGUUGUUGGCCACUACAAUCCCGGUUGCAGUGAGUGUGGUGGCUCUGAUAUCGGUGGCCGCCGUGUUCUUCUGCAAGAAAAGAGCAUCGAUGUCGCCACAGGCAGCGUCUGUUGUCGUCCAUCCCCGUGAUAAUUCUGAUCCAAAUAGCUUGGCCAAGAUUGUUGUGGCGACCAAUGACACCAACAGUAGCACAUCUCAAGGCAAGACACAUAGCGGGGGCAGCAGUUUGGCUGGUGAUGUUCACACGAUUGAAGCAGGAAGUUUCCUGAUUGCCGUGCGAGUCCUCCGUGGUGCGACCAAGAACUUUGCCCAGGAGAAUGUGCUUGGACGUGGGGGCUUUGGUGUUGUUUACAAAGGGGAACUGCAUGACGGCACCAUGAUUGCAGUGAAGAGGAUGGAGGCUGUGGCUGUCAACAACAAGGCUUUGGACGAGUUCCGAGCUGAGAUUGCUGUUCUAACCAAGGUCCGGCACCGUAAUUUGGUGUCAAUAAUGGGGUACUCAGUUGAAGGGAAUGAGAGGCUGCUGGUCUAUGAAUACAUGCCGAAUGGGGCUUUGAGCAAGCAUCUGUUCCAGUGGAAGCAAUUUGAGCUGGAGCCUCUGUCAUGGAAGAAGAGGCUCAAUAUAGCGCUGGAUGUUGCUCGUGGAAUGGAAUAUCUGCACAACCUGGGUCAUCACCGCUUCAUUCACAGGGAUCUCAAGUCAGCAAACAUUCUCCUUGGCGACGACUUCCGGGCAAAGGUGUCAGAUUUUGGGCUAAUGAGAGACGCGCCGGAUGGCAACUUCUCUGUGGCAACUAGACUUGCUGGAACUUUUGGAUACUUGGCUCCUGAGUAUGCAGUGACAGGGAAAAUCUCAACAAAAUCAGAUGUCUUCAGCUUCGGGGUAGUGCUGAUGGAGCUGAUAACUGGGAUGACCGCUAUUGAUGACAGCCAUGUGGACGAGGAAAUCCGUCAUCUGGCAACCUGGUUCUGUCAGAUACGGAAGGAUCAGGAGAAGCUCAGGGCGGCAAUUGAUCCUGCUCUGGAUCUCACGGAUGAGACCUUGGAGAGCAUCUCAGUGAUCGCAGAGCUUGCUGUUCACUGCACUGCCCGGGAGCCCUCCCAGCGGCCAGACAUGGGGCAUGCCGUUAACGUGCUCGUCCCUAUGGCUGAGAAGUGGAAGCCUGCAAAGGACGAGGCUGAGGACUACCUGGGCAUCGACCUGCAUCUGCCGCUUCUCCAGAUGGUGAAGAGUUGGCAGGACGCAGAGGGCAGCAUCGCAGAUGGAAGCAUCCUGAGCCUUGAAGACAGCAAGGGCAGCAUCCCUGCUCGGCCGGCCGGGUUUGCCGAGUCGUUCACCUCGGCUGACGGCCGGUGAAGAGGAGGAAGCACCUUCCUGUCUACGAAUAAGUACAUGUCUCUCUUGGGCAUCCGUCUGUUUUCGCACAGUAUUGUUCUUGUAGGUAAAGAGUGCAUCAUCGUCCAUCCAUGUACUUCUGCUUGUGCUUGUGUAGAUAGAUAUAUUUUUUCCUUUCUUUUUGGUAGGAUUGCUUUUCUGUUAUUAUUCCAAUCUUGAGACUGAAGUCUCUGGCUUUUCCUAGUCAUCAAGACAUGUGUAAUGUUUCUUUAAUUUCCUGUACCCGGAAUUUUUGGCAAA